UUAACCAGUAUAAUAUAAUAGUUACGUUUACAUAUUAUUUAUUAUUUUAAGUAAAAGAUAAUAAUAAAUUAAAUUUUUUGUUUCGCGUAAUAUUUAGGAGAGCUUGUGAAACAUCUAUAUUUUAUGUAUUAGCAYCCRCAGGCCCAAAUUUGUUGUUUUUAUUUUCAUAUAAACAUGRCGAUCACGAUGGUCUCUGAAAUUUCUUUCAAUCGUAAUUUAUUAUUUUAUCUAUAACCGAWCAAUUCAAUAAAGUAUAUACUAUUUAAGUGCAUACAAAUARAAUAAAGCUAUAUAUAUAUACUUAUAUAUGAUCACUGGUCAGUGAGCUGCACAUUAUAAUGGCAGAUGAUCUGGACCAAUACAUAGACAGUUACUCCAAACAACGAUGGAAAGUUUUCGUCUUGUUGUUGAUGGUCGGCACACCUGGGAUAUUUAAUGCCAUCCAGAUAUCUUCGUACGUGUUUCUAGUYGACAAACCUUCAUACUGGUGUGAUAUACCGGAUCUGAAAUCGGCAGGAUGGAGCGACCAAAUGAUCAUUAAUGUAUCCACGCCAUAUAAAAAAUAUUCAUCAAAAAAAAUUGAAGAAUGUUCCUAUUACAAUCAAAAUUAUUCGAUAUUUGCGAAAAAUGGUUACAAUUGGUCAAUGAAUAAUUUGCAAUCUGCAGAUUCAAAACCUUGUCAGUAUUAUAGUUACAGUACCAGAGAAUCUGUUGUUACUGAAUGGAAUCUAGUUUGUGAUAAUGUAUCAAUGAAGUCCAAUGUCCACGCCUCUAUGGCUUUUGGAAAGUUUGUUGGUGGACUUAUAUUUGGUUCAAUUUCGGAUGUAUAUGGCAGGAAGUUCGCUUUCAAUUUGGCAGCUUUCAUUUACAUGUUAUCUGGACCAUCUGCUGCCCUGAUUGAUUCAUAUGUAUUAUUUUUAAUUGUGAGAUUCUUGAUAGGUGUAGCUGGAUCUGGAAUUUAUGAAUCAUCGUACACAAUAUUAACUGAGCUAACAAGUGGUGAAACUCGUACUUUACUUUGUCUUUUGAUGAAUAUGUCGUAUCCAAUUGGCUAUGUUUUGUUAUCAAUUAUUGCUUAUUAUAUACGACCGUGGAGAAUGUUGCUUCUAGUUUUGUCUUUGCCCAUACUUGGAUUGUUGAUACAAUGCUGGUUUUUACCUGAAUCUCCUAAAUGGUUAAUGUCUCAAGGUAGGAAAAGACAAGCUUGGGUGGAAAUGGCUAAACUUGUUCCAAAUGCAGUUCAUGCUACAAUUAAUAAUGAAGUUGGCCAAGAUAAAGUAGAAAUUAGUAAGACAAAAAAUUGUAAUGAAAAAUAUAUGGAAAUCUUGUCAGCAUACACGUCAUUGUUUUCUACGCCGGACUUGUCAAUAAAAACAGUUAUUUCAUUAUUUUGUGGAUUAUCUUGUGGAUUAUCAUAUUAUGUUAUUGCAUUGAACGGGGAUAAUAUAACUGCUGAUCGUUACAUAUAUGUUGCGUUGAACGGAGUUGUUGAAGGUGUGUCAUACGCGUUAACGGUUCCUUUAUUUCUUUAUGUUGGACGCAAAAAAGCAGUUUCGUCCUUUUUUUUCGCAUCAGGACUACUACAACUGACAUUAUUGGCAAUACCACUUGAAAAAGCAAACAUUUUAUUAUGCAUGACUUUAAUUGGAAAAUUUUUCGUGAGUGCCUUAUUUUCAGCCAUUGUACUUUACAUAUCAGAAUUAUAUCCAACUACAAUCAGAAAUACUGGUAUCGGAAUAUUAUUGACUUUUUCUCAAAUAGGAUCUAUUAUCGCACCAUAUAUAGUCGAACUAUUGGGAGCUAAGGCAUGGUAUAUUCCAAGUACAGUGUGUGGGGCACUUGGGAUUUUUGUUUCAAGCUUGGUUCUGAUGUUGCCGGAGACAAAGAAGACAGUUUUACCAAAUACCAUAGAAGAUAUGAAAAACUCUAAUUCCGCCAAACUUAGCAAUUGUUUUAAAUUUUAAUUUUUAAAAGGCUUUAUCCGAUUUCUUUUCUUUCUCGUACAGCAAUUUUAUUUUUAUAUGCACUUAUAAAUGUACACACAGUUCAUAAUUGGCAGUUAAAGUUUGAAGUUGAAAAGGUAAACUUAUUACAUACAAUGUUUAGAUAAUUAGAAUAGAUGUAUUUUAUUWGCUUGAAGAAGGAGGAUGGAAAACCAUAAUUAUAAACAUUUUAAUAAUAUCUAUUAUUCACUGAAAAAAAAAUUCUACAGUUUUGUUAUGA